UUCCGCUUCACAUCAUAUUUCACCACGACCUAAUAAUUAUUUUUAUUGUUUAUACGGAUCUAUUUUCAUUCGAUGUUGUGAGAUGAUGAGUGUUUAUACUUGAUACCCUUGGUAGAAGUUGGUAAGUAGGCGUUCGAGUCCAUUUUUUUGAGUUUUUAUUUAUUUAUUUCCUAAAUCUAAAAUUGAUGAAUGCUGUUUUAUUUUUGGCGAUAGUUCGCGUUUAAUGACGGAGGAGUCGUGCAUGCUCCGCGUUGCUCAAUUCGGGGAUUCCGUUGUUUAGUUGUUUUCCAUCGUUUUUGGAAGUGUGAUGUCUGGGUUUUCUAUUUUCGGUCCUGGAUUUAGGAGCUCCAAAAUUGAGUUGUUCUACUCUUGAAUUGUUUUGAGAUUGGAGCGGAGGAUUCGUUUUCUUGUGUUUUGUGUUGGAAAGAUGAGUAGACAACGGGCACGGAAGGAGAAAGAUAAUGCUAAAGCUCCUUCCAGUAAAGGUGUAGAGGAUGUCCGGUGCAGCUCAAUUUUUGGACAAUACUCAGUAGAAGAAAUGAUAACUCAGUUAAAAGGGCUUGCUCUGGAUCCUUCUAUGCCACAGUUUGCCCGUGAUAAUAUCCAGCCUUUGUGGAAUCAGAUCCUUGGUCUCAGAAAAUUAAUGAUCCUCGAAGAUUCUGAAAUGCCUUGGAGAAAGCGGAAACUUGAUCAGCUUGUCAAAGAUAGGCUGAGAGCUCCAGCUGGCUUUGUUUCACCAAACCAACAGAACAUAACAAAACGCAGAAGGCGGCAGUUAUCCCAAGCUUCAUCACUGUCAUGCUUGCUCAAUUCAGUUGACUCCGCCCAAAGUCAUGAUGAAAAAUUUAUUUUUGAAUCUCAUACUUCUGGCAGUUUAGUGACCUUCGACGGAGCUUUACUGGAGAUACAGGUCACCACUGAAUGUUCAUUUGCUGAUGAUGUGGUAGAUUUGAAAUGCACCUCCAAAGAUGUGUCUCCGGUAGUAGAUUCUGAUGAAUCUGUAAAUGGUUCAAACCCUUCCAGUCCCGAGGACUCAACUCCUAAUGAAGCACGACGUUUAGGUAUUAGUAAAGUAGUUCGCAAUUUGAAUUCGCCAACAUUAAGUGGGGCACAAAGGAAACACCUUGAGCCUUCUCGUAGGUCAAUCAGAUUGCUGAAUUUCAUUGGAGAUCAUCUUCAAAGGAAGGCUAUUCCAGUUGGACCUCGUUUCCAGACUGACGUCCCUGAGUGGGAUGACACGGUGGACAGGAGCAUUCUUAUUAGCUCAUACAACAGUGAUUCUGAUAAUUUGAAGUGGUUGGGCUCCCAAGUUUGGCCAACUGAAAAUGGAAAUAUAAAAUCCACUGUUAGAAGAAUCGGGAAAGGGAGACACAAUUCUUGUUCUUGUGCAUCCCGGGCAUCUACUGAUUGCAUUAAACGUCACGUACUUGAGGAAAGGCUACUUCUCCAACGCAAUCUGGGUCCCGCCUUUUCUAGUUGGAAGUUUGAUGAAAUGGGCGAGCAAGUCUCGGAGUCAUGGUCACUGAAGGAGCAACAAACUUAUGAGUCACUGAUGAAAAAGAGGCCAUCAGCUAAUGGGAAAAGCUUUUGGAUGCGUACCUUGAAGUGUUUUCCCAGAAAGUCUAAGAAGGACAUUGUAAACUAUUACUUCAAUGUUUAUAUUCCGCAUCGAAUGAGCCUGCACAGGACGUCACCAACCAUUAAGCAGGUUGACACUGAUGAUGAGGAUGAGGAUGAGGCCGAGAAUUCUGAUCACACAGGUUCGCAGAAAAGAGCCGAAGGGAGAAGUCCCACAAUCCCCAACAAGAAGGCUAGAUAUUUACGUACUAGCUAAGUCGGCCCUCCUAAGUCAGUUGCCUGAGUCCCAUUAGAAGGUUUGUUUCUUGACCAGUAUUAUCUCAAUCAGCUUAUCCUCUUGCUUACGCUAUAUAUCUAUGAAAAUCUUUAUUUUGGAUCUCAUUUCAUUAAUCCCUUAAUUUUUUGUCACACCCUUAGUGUGCGAAUAGCAGAAAUGCAUCAUGCCAAAGAUUUUUGUUGUUAGUUCUGAUAGUGGUGAUGGGAGUCUUCUUGUUCUUGUUGAUCCCUUCUCACAAUUAUGAAAUUAUCAUGUUGAUUUAGGAGUUCUUGUAGUGGAUAUGAAUGCUAAACUUGAGCUGAUUCCAUGGAAAAGCUUUAGCUUAACUUGUAGCUUUACUGCAUAUGAAAUGUUGUACUAUAUCUUAUCAAAUGAAAUAUUUAAACGCUUUUUGGUUA